AUGGGAAGCUCUCAAUCCAAGUUAGCAUCCUCCCCUUUGGAGGAGAUAUCAUUGGAUGACAUCAGCUCUUUUGUGGUUAGCUUGGGCAUCAAGUACCAAGGCUACGGAGAUGCCAUUGUCGAGAAUGCCGUGGAUGGAGAACUGCUGGCCACGCUGGAAGAUGAUGCUGAGGUUAAGGAAACACUGGAAUGUCUUGAGAUCACGAACUUUCUCCAUCAACGGGUUCUACUCAAGGAAUGGAGAAAAGCCAAGAAAGCCUCUGCUCUCGUAAAAGAGAGGAACAAACUGGAACAUUCUAGUAGUGAUGAAGAAGGAGACAUUCACAAGGGACGAGAGAUUGAGACCCAAACUGUUGCAACUGGGACAUCGUCCAUGGGGGACCUGACAGCAGCCAGUGAGUCUUCUUCUAGUGAUAAGCUUUUUCCAUCGGACGAAGUAGUGAGGGUUCUAGAAGAACUGGAACUACAGGAAGAAGACCAUGGCUUGACCGUAGAAUCCAAAGAGCUUGAGCCCUAUCAAAAGGUGGCUAACCGUGCCCUUGAAGAUCUCAAUGGAAACUUUGGGGCAGUCAAUUUGGUCAGUACUCAAUCUGCCGGCCACAACAGUCUAUGUCUUUCCUUUUAUAGCCCUGACGGAGAUAUCCAAGCAACUCGGCAUCAUAUUGACGGAGAGAAUGACAUUUCGGUUUGCCGAUCUGUGAUUUUGGGUAGCAAUGAAGAUUUUGCACAGUUUGACAUUCCUGAGGACAUAUGCAAGAAAUAUGGCAUGGCAGGGGCUGCCAGAUACUAUGGUCAUGUGGUCAAGUGCGGCGACUUGCGUGUGGGAAUGGUUUGUGCAGUCAUGGAAGAGAGCAGAAUUAAGAAUACCACCGAUGAGGAGAAACGGGUGAUUCUGAAAUUCCUAGCAGCAGAGACUGAACGACAGCUGCAGCGACGCAAGGUUCUGGUGCAACGAAAUGAGAAUCUGAAGAGAGACAUUGAAGAGCUCAAGAAACAGCCAGAUGGUCCUGUAGAUGAGGUAGUGUUGCCUGCCUAUGGCCCCUUGAAUCCGGUGAUGGCCUCACAGGUUGAUGCAAGGCUGGACCUGUUUCCUUAUCCCAAUGAUGAUGACGCAGGCACAGAAGUCCGAAGAAGUGUUGAGCUGCCAGCUUG